AUUUUUAAAUUCAAUACUAAUGGAUUUAAUAAAUAGAUUUAGUAAAAUUACAAUAUAAAUUAAAGUAUAAUACAUAAAAUUAUACUUGCAUAAAAAUGAAAUGAAAUUAAUAAAAUGAUGACAUUGAUAUAUGGAAUCAAUAUGGAAUCGAUGGAAUUUUUUUUGAUGUAUUUUUCAAAAAUUGAAUGAAUAUUAGUAGUGUUAAAAAAAAAAUAAAUGUCGAUUUAAUUAUUGAUUUAGUGAAUUAAUUGAAAGUGAAGUGCUAGAUUUUUGGUGCUGAUGAAAGAAAGUGUUAUAGGAUAUAGGGUAAAGGGCAAUUGUGUCCUCAAGAAUGAGUAAAGGACAUGCCGAGUGAUUCGAGAAGGAUCACGCUUGUUUUACAAGAAUUCUCAUCCCCCUUGAGGACUUGGAUCGGUCAGUGUAAGCUCCUCUUUUUUCUGAAAAAAGAUGAGCUCCAUAGAUUUCGACGAGGUGCUGUUACACGUGGGCGAGAAAGGAAGAUAUCAAAAUAUUAUGUACUAUCUACUCUGCAUACCAGCCACUUUGCCAGCUGCAUUUUUGGCUUUCUCGCAAGUGUUUGUCAGCGCAUCGCCGGAUCACUGGUGCAAAAUACCAGAACUAGACAACUUAACAAGUAUUCUUAGCCUGGAAGAACGUAAGGCUCUUUCACUGCCUUAUAGAAUUAGGUCAGAUGGAAGAAAAGAGUAUGACAGAUGUACAAUGUAUGAUGUAAAUUACACCUCAAUUGUAGAGUCUUGGUUAGAUAGUUUCUUAUCAAACGAUUCUCAAUUUGAGAGUUCAACUUCUUCAUCAUCUUCCAUAAUAUCUUCAAAUUUGAUUUAUCCACCAAAUCGUCUUCCAUCACCACCAGUCAGCAAUCCCAAUUGGCCAGUCACCAAAUGUCGUUACGGAUGGGACUACGACACUAGAGACUACGACAGUACUCUUGUCACAGAGCUAGACCUCGUUUGCGACAACAGUUGGUGGCCUUCCACGUCGACGACGUUUUUCUACGUGGGAAGUUUAUUUGGAAAUGUUGUCUUCGGCUGGAUCGCAGAUAAAUGGGGCAGAAGAACUGCCUUUUUCGCUAUACUUUUCUUAGAAGUUAUCUUCUCGAUAGCCACUAGUUUCAGCCCCAAUUACGUCAUUUACACAGCUCUAAGAACCAUCAAUGGCCUCUUUUUUCCAGCCAUCUACCAAAUUCCCUUCAUUCUUGCUCUCGAAUUAAUGGGACCGAGGUAUAGAACCUUCGCUGGCAUGGUCAUUUGCAUGUUUUUCGCAUCGGCAAUGUCACUUCUCGCGUUAUUGGGAUAUCUCCUGAGGCAUUGGUACACUUUAUCAUUAGCCACAUCAGUUCCAUUUAUUCUACUCUUUAGCUACUAUUGGAUAAUUCCAGAAUCGCCAAGGUGGCUUCUCAGUAAAAAUAGGAUAGACGAGGCAGAAGAAAUUGUCCAGCACAUGGCCAAAAUGAAUGGUAGAACAGUGCCCACGAAUUUUCUUAGAAAAAUGGAGAUGGACAUUUUAAAACGUCAAGGAGUUUCUUGUAAUGGGAAAAAUUGUGGGGAAUUCUCACCGGAAAUGGAGACUGAAGAUAGACCACCACCACCUUCCGCAACCCCAAUGGAUUUAAUAACAAAUCCUAAUAUCAGGAAAAAAUUUUUUAUUUUAGCAUUUGAUUGGGUGGCAAAUGCGGUCGUUUAUAAUGGUCUGUCGUAUAAUACGACGAAUCUAGGUGUCUCUGAUUACUUAGCUUUUUUUAUUGGUGGAAUAGUAGAGAUUCCAUCCUACGUAAUUACAUGGUACGCUAUGGAUAGAAUAGGAAGGCGAUGGGUUCUUUGUCUAACUAUGCUUCUAGGAGGUUUAGCAUGUGUUUCAUGCAUGUUUGUUCCCGAAGAUGCUGUUUGGGUGACAGUGAGUUUAGCAAUGAUUGGAAAAUUUGGAAUAGCAGCAUCAUUUGCAGUCUUCUACGUAUUUGUGGGAGAAUUAUUGCCAACUGUUCUCAGGUCCCAAGCAAUGGGGAUUGCAUCAUUUAUAGCUGGAAUAGGUCUUUUAACAUUUCCCUACAUUGUGCAUUUAGCUGUUUAUUCAAGAGUUCUCCCUCUAAUUAUAAUGGGAUCAUUAAGUGUAGCCGGAGCAAUAACGUCCAUUUUCUUGCCAGAAACAUUAAAUAUACAUUUGCCACAGACUGUUGAAGAAGGUGAACUUUUUGGAGCUGAUUUUAAACUCUGGUCCUGUCCACCAUUAUCCGCAUGUCCAAGGGAAGAAAAGGUAGAAAUUCCUCUAAAGUACUUUGUGAAUGGAGGACCGGAACGUCGUUCGAAAUCAAAUAUUCUAUCAGAUUCAUCGCCUUCGGAUGCGGCACCCUUAGAAAUAGAAAGAUGUCUACUGUCAUUAAGUGAAGAUGAAACUGCAAAUUUAAAAUAUGCUGACAGUGAAGAUGUUUAAGAACAAAAAAUAAAUAAAUAAAUAAAUAAAUAACUUCAAAAGAAACUAAAAAAUUAGAAACAGUGCUUGUGAAAAAGUGUCAAAUGUUCUUUAUACUGAUGAUAAUCAGUUAUCUGACUGUAUCAGUCCUUUUCUCUGUAUUAUAUUUUCAGUAUAGGGAAGCGUUGUAUUUAUUUUUGUCCCGUUAUUAUAUAAAAGUCUAAUGUCUUCGUAUAAACUCUGCCUCGUGACCGAAUUUUGUUGCGCUUUUUGGCGCUACACGCACUUUCAGAACAUUUUUUUUUUUAUUUUAUUUUUUUCUUAUUUACAGUUGACAAUUUAAUAUCUUUCUAUUACAGUUAUAAUUGUCUUGAAUCAUUCAUUACCAAUAAUCUGCGAAAUAAAGAUAUAUACUUUAGUGACAAAAAAAAAAAAAAAAAAAAUUGUAAAUAAUGUCAGACUUGCGCAAAGUGCGUGUAUAAUAAUUAUCACUAUAUAGCUGCCCAAGUGAAAACGUUAUCAAAGUACACAAAAGCACGUGGACUUAAGACUUAAUACUUAACGUUAAUUCCAGACUAAUGUUUGUUAUUUAAUAUUUAUUUGUCGAACGCACUGCCCUUAUGAAGAAGACAACCAUUCUCAAUUUAUCGAUAUUAUAAUGUAUAUUCAAGAAAAAUUUUGUCGUAGAUCUUUUUUUAUAAAGGAAACUUGUUGAAAAAAAAUUUUCAUUAGAUUUGAAAUUUUUUUUUAGACCAAAGAAUAGAAAUAUUUUUUCAUCAGGUUUUUUUUUUUUUUUUAAUAUUCUAUGCGCAACAAUUUAUUAAAAGACUGCUUUAUAAAGAUUAUAAAUUUUAAUAUUCUAUCAUAGUAACCCUUAUAUAUUUUUUUUAUAUAUAAGAUUUUUAACGACAUGAACAAAAAAAAUUGUAAUUUUUCAUUGAAAAUCGCUGUUUUCUUCCAUUAGGACUUAUAACGCAAUAUUCUCUUGUGGCAUUUCGGUCGCUAUAAGAUCCUAUUUAGAUUAUUAUAAUAAAUGAUCUUCCGUCAUAUUGUGUGACAUAAUGUAUUAUUUGUGCAAUAUGCAAAUUUCAAAAAGAAAAAGCAUGACUCCAUGUGUUUAGUCUUAUAAGUGACGUGUAGAAAAGAUAAAUGUAUCUCAUUUGUAAUAAAGAAAUACCGAAAAGGC